GACCGACUUUUAUUUCCACCUCGUAGUCGUUAUCAUCAGCGCCGCAGCCACGAAUUUCGCAGUUCUCCUCACCAAAAGCCUCGAGCCCGACGCACCCCUAAACCCGCCCUCCCCCACUUCCCCGCUGCCAUGUCCAAAACCGACUUCGUCGUCGGGACGCGCAAGUCCAACCUCGCGCUCAUCCAGACGCAGCAUGUCGCCGACUCGCUCGCGGCCGCAAACGCAGGCAAAGCCUUCCCCGUGCACCACAUGACGACCAAGGCCGACGCGAACCAGAGCACACCGCUGCAUCUCUUGGCGCCAUACAACAGCGCGACCCCGGCCAAGAGCAUCUGGACGGACGAGCUCGAGAGCGCGCUGCUCGACGGCCGCUUCGACCUGCUUGUCCACUCGUGCAAGGACGUCCCGACGCUCAUCCGCGAGGGGUGCGAGGUUGCUGCCCUCCUCGAGCGCCACGACCCCCGCGACGCACUCGUCGUGAAGCAGGGCUUGCCGUACAAGAGUCUCGACGAGAUGCCCGCGGGAAGCAUCAUUGGAACUGGCUCGGUGCGCCGCGUCGCCCAGCUUAAGCGCGCGUACCCCAAGCUCCGCUUUGAGGACAUGCGUGGCAACCUCAACACCCGCCUUGCCAAGCUUGACAACCCCGAGAACUCUUUCGUCGCCCUCAUCCUGGCUGUCUCGGGAAUGGAGCGCCUCGGCUUCGGAAACCGCAUUACCGCGCCCUUGGGCGCACCAGCGCUGAUGCACGCGGUCGGACAGGGCGCCCUCGCCGUCGAGAUCAGGCAAGGAGACGCGGCUACGCGCAGUGCUCUCCGUGCCAUCGGGCACUGGCAGACGGAGUGGCGGGUUGGUGCUGAGCGCGGUCUUCUCCGUGUUCUCGAGGGCGGGUGCUCCGUGCCCGUUGGCGUCGAGACGCACCUCGAGGAGGUCGAGGGAGAGAAGAGCUACUAUGCCGCGGACAUAUUCCCGCCCCUCACGGUCAACUCCCCGACGCUGCACUUCUCGGGCGUCCUCGCGCCCACGGCGCCGUGGCCCAUAUCCGAUGCCGAUAUCAAGAUUACGCCCCGCGCUGCGCGCCUGACGCUCCGUGCAUGCGUCACCUCCGUUGACGGAUCGAGGCACGUGUUGUAUGAGCCUGGGCCUGUGGUGGUGACGAGCUGGCGCGAGGCGCAGCGCUGGGGUGAGGAGUGUGCGCGCCAAAUGCGUACGAUCGGCGCUGGCGAGAUCCUCGACGAGAUCGAGGAGCAGCGCAGGGCCCGCGAGGCGGAGACGCUGCAGUUGGCGCAGGAGGCUGCGGCCCAGCACGCCGAGCAGGCUGAGGCAGAGCCCCUGCAGGCCACGGCGUAGAGCACUCUGGGGAUACAUAGAUCUUGUUGCAUAGGAUACCAUUGCUGUGCAUGUAUGCGCGUCGGCGCUGACGGAC